CCUUAUCAUGUCCACUCUAAACUUCGACACUGCAGUCAAGCAAGAGGAGGAAUACUUGCGAAAGCUGUAUCCAAACGCAGAAGAUGUUCCAGGAUGUAUGACUCUAUUUGACACGUUCAUCUCUUGCAAUGAAGUCAUCAGUUCCCAAGUGAAGUCACUCUAUCGAUAUGGGCACAUGGCAGAAUGUGCACACAAAGCUGAGGAUUUCAAGUUCUGCAUGUCAAGCAAAUCCUUGCAUCCGGAGGAGAGGCGCGAUGCUUGGAUUCGACGACGUGCCGAAUGGUGGGCGCAGAGACGCUUGACCAAGAGCAGUGAAGAUAUCUGGGAUGUUCGAACAGAACCGUUAAGCAACUAUCCACCUCCUCGUUCAGAAGCGGGUGUUGAUGCAGCUCCAACGAUUGACUAAACGUCGCAAGAACACGCGCCGUUACCUGACGAGACUCUUUCGCUUCUGUUAGCAAUACGCUUCGUUCUACGACAAGUCUGUGUGUUCUGGACUGUCAGUAUCUCAUGUACGAUAUUUUUGCAUUGGCGCAUGAUAUCAUUUUCAAUAUAGUACACGGGGUAUGUCAAUACAAAGCAGAACUCAAGCAGGAGAUCAUAAAGUAAAUAACCCAUCUUCAUACCAUUACGCUUGGUCGCCGGUCUAAAUCACUUCAGCCCUGUCUGAACGUUUUCUCGAUAACGCCGUCUUGAAGCUUGUACCCAUUAGCAAUAAAGAGUUUCGAACGCAAGAACGGUGCAGUGUCGUAGAUAUCGUGUUCUUUUGCCUAAAAAGUGACAUACAACUGUUUGACAGAAACCUUUUCUGGUUGUUGGUAUCUUUGAAGUUGGUACAACCUGGCCUUCUCCUUGACGAUUUGGCCCAGGAG